AUGCUGCUUCUAGCUUCAGCUUUUUUUCUAACACUACUGCAGUGCUCUAAUGCCCAAAACAAAACAAGCAUUACACCUGCAGACUGUAAUACUGUUGAAACAGAUGCAGGAGUGGCCCUGGAUUUGGUCAACAGACAUCGCAGAGAUGGCUAUGUUUUCGGUUUAAUCCGUGUUGCUGAUGCACAAGAACUACAUAUAGGAAAUUCAUCAGUCCUCUACUUAACUUUGGAUGUACUGGAAACUGAAUGCUCUGUAUUAUCCAGAAGACACUGGGAGUCUUGUGAAUACAGUGACACCUAUUCCAUGGACUUUGGGCAAUGUAAGAUUAUCACAUAUACAAGCCAGCUGCUGAAGAAACCUCAACUAUAUGGAUUUAAUUGUACAUUAAGUCCAGUUCCUCCUGAUUUAUUAGAGUGCAAAGAUUGUCCUGUGAAAGUUGAAGUCUUAGAAGUCACCGAGCAACAUAAAAAUACUGCUGCAAAGGCCCUGGAGAAGUUCAACAGUGAGGGUAACCACACAAACUACUUUGACGUGGACAAAGUUGAAAAGAUGACUGCCUCCCGUGAAGGUCACAUUUUAGGAUUCUCUAUAAAAGAGACCAACUGUACUAAAUCCACACAACAGGCAGAUCAGGCAUUGGAAUGUGAUUUUCUGGAUGACUGGCACGCUCACGUGGGAUUCUGCAAGGCAAGAAUUAUCAGUGAUCCAGAUGAACCUGAUGAAACAGAUAUAAGCUGUGAAAUCUACCAUCCCUGGCAGCAUGACUAUGGGCAAAGAUGCAGAUAUUCAACUCUGGGACAGCCACACAGACAUCCCCAUCAUCAUUUUGGUCACAGACAUCAUCACAGGCAUCAUCACAGGCAUCAUCACAGGCAUGGAUGUCCACCCUCUUCUCAAUCCAGACCUGAAGACCCUGAGCAUAACCAUAGUUUCAAUGAAGAACAUCAAGACAGCCAUGAAGGACCUGCUCCUCCUCCUCCCCCCCACUGUGGACCACAUCACCACCUUCACCCUCCACACCAUUGUCCUCCACCUCCUCCCCAUGGUGGACCACAUCACCACCCUCCUCCUCCCCAUCGUAGGCCACACUGUCCUCUUCCUCCUCAUGGACCACAUCACCACCAUCCUUCUCCCCAUCGUGGACCACAUCACCCUCCUCCUCCAGGACACCCUCCUCAUCUCUAUCAUCACUAUUACAGACAUCACUGCAAUAAGACAAACAUAUCGGGAAAGUCCUUUCCACUCCAAAUAACUGGAGCUGUCUAUCGCACUCCAGUUCUAAACCAUCAGGAUUCUCUCACACCUCCUGCUGCAAACUUUCCCGAGCUAUCCCAAAGCAACCCUCACUCCUCCAGCCCUGGUGAAGGUAUUCCCUUCACUGGCUCAAGUCUAAAGGAGAUGCCAGAAGCUCCAGGUUUUCCAGAUCACCCUACACAAUCAAAGUCAUGCCCAGGAAACCCCAAACUUGUUCUUCCAAAAAUUUUGUCUUUAUUUCCACAUAGCUCCAUGGCAGAAAAUUCUCCUACAUGA